GUAGAAGAGUAGUAAGUGUAGUUUUUGACUUCGGUUCGGUCGGUUGCGAGACUGUGAGCAGCAAAGUGAAAAGACCACAAGACAAGGCACAGUCUCUUCGGUGGUGUUUUACCCGACGGGUCGCGGUUCUUCUAUCGACAUUAUUGGAAAACGUCGCCGUCGUCGGUUGGCAUCAGUAGGAAUAUCUAAUUGCAAGUUUAGUUGGGAGAGGGUAAUCAUUAUCGGAACAGUGUCCGCCCGAGGAAAAUUUCAAUCCGAUUGAAUCAUCACACGCAGCUUCGGUGGAACGACGGCUGGAAGUGCAAUCUGCUGAUGAUGGUUGGCUAAUCAAUGGAAGCGAAGAAAAGAGGGACGCUCUUCCACCAAGCCCACUUCUACUAGAUGAAAAUAUUUACACCACACGGCGCGAGUACUUGUCUUGAAUCGCUUCGCAGCGCGUUCGAGUGCGUAGCAGAUCGGAUCGGAAGAUCGUACUAGUAGUGGCCUGUGUCUGGGGUAGAAAGAUAAAAGUGCGAAAAGCCAAGCCGCGGCUGUAGAAUUUAAAUAGCGCCUCGAACGGGCAAGGAGCAAGGGCGGGGGACGACGACGAGGAGACGAAGAAGAACAAGAGUGCGUGAGUGAGAAAAUUUUCUUGUACAAAGAAAGGUGCAAUACUCGGGGUUUGGGGUGUACAACAAUCUAGUUAGCCAGAUGGGGUAACAGCUCUCAGGUGUUUCCAAUUCGAACGAGACAAGGAAAAUCCGCGAAUUCCAAGAAGUGCAUGGCUUGCUUCGGUUUGUGACUGCGAGCGAGCGACGAACAACAACAGGGAGAACGGGGUGCGACGGCGCGACAAAUGAUUACGCGAUUAUUCUGUGGUUGAAGAAGAAACACAGUAAGUAGCUAGUGCGGUGCGACGACACAAGUUUUGGAAUUUUCCUGUGCGAAGCGAGGGGGGAAAUCAACAAUUUUACGACACCACCAAAUAGUUUGUGCUAACAAGGAACGAGAGAGAGAGUCCGCGAGCAAGGAUUAGAAGAAAGGCUCCCGGUAGCCGGCGACGUGGCAGACAGGUUUUUGUGCAUCCGAAGGAAGGAGGCGCAGUGCUGAAUACUGAAAAUUGCGAGCGGAGGGAGCGGAGCAUCAGUGAAGUAGUAGGUGGAGGAGCGGAGCUGACAGAAAAGAUACGGCGAAGACGACGGCCGGACGGACGAACGCGGCGACGAGCGAAAGACGGAUUUUCUAGCGCGCGACGACGCAAACCAAAGGUUAACAAGAUGCAACCGGUUCUGUGUCGAGUGGAGAAGGUCCUGCUGGAGUGACCUCCAUCGUCGUCAAUCUUCCGAGCGCAACCCCCACAUGCAACCAAGGACGGUUCUCCCUCGUGAAGGAAACUACAACUAAAGUCAUAAACCUCGUCCUCGCUCUGACGUCGUCGUUCGAGCGCCGCUACAGUGCAUUGGAAACUGUGUUGAAGUAGUCCAGCAGCGUCCGGUCACCGCAUACAAAGGACAUCCGACCUCAUACACACACACCCCCUUGGGCGCGCGCGAUGUUCGUCCUUGAAAGCCAACGAAGAAGGCGGUGGGAAACAACUAAAAUCUAAGCCAUCUUUUUUGUGUUACAACAACAACAAACAAGGGUCUAAGGUCACGCGAUUGGUUAGCGACCGGACUGGACUGGACUGAACUUAGGAGCCCGCGUGAGUGGGCUGGAAAUAGCAUUGGCCUACUAAGGCUCACGAAGUGCUGUUAUCGCUCGCGACAAUCAUAGCCCUUGAAAGGCCCCCCAACAGCAGCUGUUGUCGCCGUCAGCGCUAGGACCUGGAAUGAUGUUUGGUCAACGCAGUGAAAAGAUGGAUCUGAACAAUGAGAACAUUCAGUCCGCCUCGGAGAUUAUUGAAAACCGCCUCUACUUUGUCGCCUUCAAAAAGGACUUCAAACCGCGCGGCACGUCCAACACGCACUACUUCAGCAUCGACGACGAGCUGGUGUACGAGAACUUCUACAACGACUUCGGUCCGCUGAACAUCUGCAUGCUGUACCGGUACUGCCGGUUACUAAAUGAAAAACUCCGCUCGUCGCAGCAUGCCAAGAAGAAAAUCGUCCACUACACCACGGUAGAUGCGUCCAAGCGGCUGAACGCCGCCUACUUGAUGGGCGCCUACUCGGUGAUUUAUCUGAAGCGAACGCCGGACGAAGCGCUGAAACCGCUGACCUCGGGGUGUAACGUGCUGACCUAUACCAAGUUCUGUGAUGCGUCGUACGUGUACUCCGGCUACCGGAUAUCGCUGUACGAUUGUAUCCACGCUGUGGCCAAGGCACUGGAGGCGGGUUUCUUCCGAUUUGAUGACUUUGACGCCCAUCAGUACGAGUACUACGAACGGGUGGAGAACGGUGACUUCAAUUGGAUCGUGCCGGACAAGUUUCUGGCGUUUUGCGGACCGCACAGCAAAUCCCGACUGGAUAAUGGGUAUCCAAUUCAUGCGCCGGAGACGUACUUUGAGUACUUCAGGAAGUACAACGUGACGACGAUCAUCCGGUUGAACGUGAAGAUCUACGAUGCGGCGAGGUUCACCAACGCGGGUUUUACGCAUCACGAUCUGUUCUUCGUGGAUGGGAGUACACCGAACGAUGCCAUACUGAAGAAGUUUCUGACAAUCUGCGAACAGGCGGACGGAGGCAUUGCGGUGCACUGUAAAGCGGGUCUCGGUCGCACGGGUACCCUAAUCGGAGCGUAUCUCAUCAAGCACUACAACUUUAACGCACUGGAAGCGAUCGCUUGGCUGCGACUAUGCCGACCCGGAUCCGUGAUUGGCCAUCAGCAGCAGUGGAUGCUGAGCAAAGAGGCCUACCUGAUGAACGAGGGUGUGGCCUACCGGAAGCGCCACUCCAUUAGCAAACCUCCGAAGCACGAGUUCGGAAUCUACAGUAUUAAACAGUAUGACGAGAGGGCAACGGAGGAACAGGAAGUCAGUAAGGACUCCGGUGUGCGGUCGCUUCUCUCGACGACUUCGUCGUCCGAGUCCUCUUCCAGCGGAUCGUCAUCGACGACUUCCUCGACAACCACAACUCCGGUGGCCAACAAGGUGCCGAUUGCGACGAUCGCCGGAAGCUGCAACAACAACCGGGUGCAGAUGCUGCUGAAGGAGCGGGUCCGGGGGAUUUCCCACAAGGUGGACACCAUGCGGCUGAACGACGAGGAUGUAACCAGUAACAAUCUGAACAACAACUUUGACGGCGGAACAACGAGAACCACCACCGGGCUGAUCGUGGAUGUGGUCGAUGGGGUCGGCACAGUGCCGCCACCAGCUUUGACCGCGGACAUGAAAUGUGCCACCAUUCCGGUUACGAGGCGAUCGAAAACGGUACGAACCAGCCGGUUGAUCACGAUGGAGCAGUCGCAGCAGACGCAGGGCGACAAGCUCAAUCAGAUCAAGGCCAUGCGGAGGAGACCGUCCCGGUCGGCGAAUGUUAUUACGCAGUGCCAUGACGAAACGAUCGCUAACAAUCGUUUCAAUUUGAAUCACGUCCAUCACUACCAUCACCAUCAUUAUCACCACCAUCACCAUACCCGUGCUAAAUCUCAACCAUUCCGCAAUACUACUGCUGCCAUCAUUAAUCCGAACAACACUGCAACAACUGCAACAACAACCGCAACCAACAACAACAACUCCAACUCCAACAACAUCAUGAACAACAACAACAGUGAUCGAAUCGCUGCUGCUGCUUCUGGUGCUAGCCCCGCAAGUGUGCAAGCCAAUAAUCUCUUGAAUCAAAUCGCCUCAUCCAACAACAACAACCACAAUCACAACGUCAACAAUCAUCAUCACAAUCAACGGGUCACGACGACAGCAGCAACAAUCGCAGAAGCAGAAGCGACAGCAACAUCACCCAAGUCGGCAACGGCAUCACCACCACCACCAGCACCAGUCGAAGAAGUUCCUGUGUCACCUGUUACCACCGGAACCGGAAGCUCUACAAUGGCGACCUCUACGGUGACGAGUAGGCAUCCGCCUCCGGAAUCACCAGCGGACGGGAAUCGAGCGGGAAAGCAGUUAACAACAACCACCAUCAUUACAACAACUACACAUACUACAACAACUACUAAUACGUCAAGUUCUAAUUCUCUAAUUUCCAAUAUUCCCACGGUUGCAACGGCCACCACGACGAGUACGGUGACGUCGUGUGGUCCCGAUUCGGGACGAUGCCAUGCGACCACUGGGCUGUUGCUUCAGUGUGCCACCCGGACGCAGAACAAUCGGCUGUACAGCAAAAGGUCCGUCUCCGCCAGCCAACAACUCCAGCAGCAAAAGAACCGCAAGAAUGUACAAACCACAGCGGAGGUAAUCCUCGCCUCCACGACCCAAUCCGGAAUGACCACCCUAACCACAUCCCACACUACCGGCACGAACACAACUACCGCCAUCGCUGCCACACCGGCAUCCGGUGGACCUGCCUCGACGGCGGCCGUCAUCAAACUGACCGUCAAGGACGAGGUAAAACCACGGGCCUCGGUCCGCACGGUCCGAAACGCCAGCAUGGACAGCUACCACCACCACUAUCAGUACAUCAACAUCCCGAACAUCAUCACCUACAAGCGUGGGCGGUCGAAGAUUCCGGCCUCGGCCCGGUUACGAUCCAGCUUGGUAGAAACGGCCGGAAGUGGAGGAGCGGGGCCCGGAGGCAAGAAGGACAACUCGACGACGACGACGGUGGUGGAUGCCGAUGUGUUGAUUCUGAACAAACCGAUGACCCGGAGGUUGCGGAAUUCCGGAGGAGGAACCGCACCGCCACAGUUGAUCUCAGCGUUGGCAGGGAAGACGGCAGCGGCUGCUGCUGCUGCCAUCGCCGACGAGUUGAACGGGAAUGGAGGUUUGUCCACGUCGCUUCCGCUGAGCGGUGACGAUCAUCGGAACAACAACGGGGACAUCAACUUGGAGCUGACGAGUCUCGCCGGUGCUGUUCCAACAGUCGUCGGUGGUCAAAGUCAGAGUAGCGCAGUCGUGAAGCGCAACAAACGAUCUCGAAGCAGUACAAAGAUUGAGAAGGAGAAGAACGACGAAAAGGGAAGCAAGCUGCUGCGGAAGAACGGAGCGGCCGGGGCGGGGGCAAGCGGGAUUCCAGUAGCAACGAAGACCCUCGCGGUGGCGGCGGGUAGCGAUUCCAAGGGCCAAGUGGCCAGCAGCGUGGAGAGUAUCACGUCGGCGGCCAGUACGCCGACGGCGAGCCUCACGCGGAACACUUUCAGCAGUAGUUCGCUGAAUCGAAAGGCAGGUGGCGUUGGGACGAAGGCUACUGCGACGGAAACUUCGUCCGCGAGUAAUUCCCUGAAGUCGCGGAAGAAAUGAAGACGAACGUACUAUUGAGGAGGAGGUGGUGCUCCAGCGUGGGAUCCCAAUCCGGAAUGGAAAUAGCAUUUUUUCGUAUUAAUUGAUCAUUACUAAUCCUAGAUUAGUGGACUGCAAUCAUCAUUGGAGGUUAGGUAAGUGGGAAAAUCAGCGAAGGGGGGAACAGAUCCGGACGGAAACACCCGGUUGCUGUGAUGUGAUUUCAUUAACGCUGUCGUCAUAAUUUUACGCUUGAUUUUGUUUGUAUGUUUAAUUUUCUCAUGGCCUACCUCUCUCACCGAUCACACCACUAACUAUCUCUGUCUCUCUUAGCUCUAUCCACCUAGCAGUGCAUCUCGAAACUUUCGAGUCUCGAUCCAGUGUUGUUACGCUUGGUACGCCGCUGUACUUUAGCGUAUUAUUUCGCCUAUUAUGAUAAGUUAGUUAACUCGUUAACGCAAAAAGUUUACACACAAUCCACAUCGCAGCGCGAUCAUAUUACGUUUAAGUUGGCCGAAUUGAAUUAUUUAGCAAGCGCGUGUAAAGUUUUUUUCCUAGUGUAAAAUCGUGUCAAUCAUCCUUCAUACAGAAGCAAGCAAAGGAAUCAAGGAAUUACCGAGUGUGUGGUUUUUGGGACGUAACGGAAUGCAAUGAUGUGUACGUAUUUAGAGUGUGCUUUUGAUAAGGGCCGCAGUAGCUAUUAACUGACGCUAGGAAAUUGCGCCAUACAAAGUUUUCUCCUGUAAAUUUGUUCCCAACAACCGUUGUAUUGAAUCGAAGUAGGCAGGAAUGUGCUGAUUACUGUAACAAACAAAUUGUACAGAUUGUUGUAACAAAAGCCAGUGCCGGAGCGAGGUGUGUUGAAAUUAUAAACACGAAAAGGUAGUGAAUUGUAAAUUUGUAAGAACAAAAACACCGUGCUGUGGCAAUUUUCAAGUACAAAGUAAAAUUUAGCACGUUUUUUUGCUGUCUAUUUAUGUUCUUUCCCCUUAAUCGCAUUUUCUGACCGCCAUCUUGGAUUUUGAUCCGCCAUUUAAGAUUCCAGAAAGUCGUCGAACAUUAAUUUUCGGAGUCUAGACGUCUUCCCCAUUCCGAAGGCACCCUUGUUUUCAGUCGUCAAAUCCUAAACAUUUUGCCGCCAUCUUGGAUGUUGAUCCGCCAUCUUUGAUUCUGCAAUGGCUUGCGGUGCUCUUGUGCAACAUUUUUAUCCUUAUUUUGAAUCUUUUUCUAUGUUCGUUAGAUUUUUUAUACGUAAUCCAAUAUUUUUAUUUUUGUUUGUAUUUAUCUUUCUUUGAAAACUUUUAACAUACAAAUAUAACGUACUAGAUUAAUGCUAUUUAUCGCCUAAGCACACUCCCGUAGCUCAUAACCAGUUAUAGCUCUAAUUAGUCAAAAGCUUUGCCGGCGAUAUACGACGCCACAAACGUAUCCACUGUUCUUUUCUUUUCUGUACAGCUUCCUUUCUUGCAUCGAUUGACGACUUCGAUCGCACGCGAAUCAUUCACUACCUACCCUCACCACAGACAGAGAUGAUGGAUUACGAUUUUUGAAAAUGUUGUAAGAAAAACAGUAUUUUAAUGAAAGUUUUCUCUCGAAAUAAAUCUCGUAAAAUCAUAGAACUCGGUCAUAUAACCAACAACUGUAUUUAUGAAAAACUGCAACAAUCACACAUACACACACUUGGUGACAUAACAACAACACACUCACACACACAUAAGAAACCCGUAGUGAGAUCGUUCCAACUAAAUCUGUUUAGAAUCAAAUUGGUAGAACUGAAGACUAAAACUAUAUUCAACCCUAGCGAAAAAAAAACACCCGCCAUAUAUUGUAAAUUGAAGUUUAUGUAACAAAAUAAGAAUCGGAACGGAGCAUAUUGAUCUGAGAAAGAUUGUACUAAUUAGGAGGGAAAACGAAUCAUAUAUGCAUUAAUGUGACUGAAAAACGUCAAUAGAUUUAUAGUUUUUAAGAAAAAACAAACACAACAACAUUUGGCAGAAGUAAACUAAAUAAAAAAUCGAAAGAGGCACUGUGCAAUGAAUGAAUGAACGAUGGAACACCCGUACACACAAAAGACACCGCACCCACAGAAAAUAAUAAUAUCAGCUAAAUACAACAACUGUGACUUAACACUGCACUGAAGGAAAAGAAAACAAAACAAAACAAACAUACUUUAAUAGACACACAUUCACACACACACUAGCAAAUAGGAACUAAGAAUUGAAAACAAAACACACACACACACUAUCAUUCACACUUAACAACACGCGGAAACAUUGGAAAACAACUAAUAUUUGGACAUGAUUAGGAAGUAGUGAACAACAAAAUUUGAAAACAUUAAUGCAUUAUCUAGGUUAAUAGUUGAAACAAACAAAUAAACAAAACAAACAAAAAAAAAAAACUAAGAAAAAAGUGCAUAUAUAGCGAAACACAAGCAGUACUAAAAUGAAACAAAUAAUUAACAAAA